AUGUGCCAAGUGUACGUCACCAUUUACCCUUGCGGCCACGAGGAACGAAAAUACAGCUUUUGCCGAGCAGCCAAGACCGGCAAAGGAGGAGAGAGGUGCCCCUGUACUGCCGCCAGUGAGUACAGACGAACCGCAACUGCGGGCUGCUACCUGGGCGGAUGCGACUAUCUUAACGCCGGGAGAGGAAACUGGACGUGCUGCAAGUGCGAAAAUCCAAACUCUGGUAUUCCGAGGUGCGACCACUUGGUGCCUUGUCCAGACAUCUUCAACGUCACCAGAGAGCGGUAUGAGCCCCAGGAGAAGAUGAUGAAUUGCGGCCACGACUGCUGUCAAAACUGCCAGAAGGAGCGUAAGUCACCCCCAACAGAGACUAGGCGCUGCGACUAUUGA